AUGGCGGCCUCUCCUAUGGUGCUGUCCACGGCCUUAUCUGCCCUAGAGCAGAUGCUUCAGCCCAGAUACUCAGCCGAGUCCCUGGCAUUAGAAGGACGGUCUAAGACCUUCAGUUGCUGUUGGGUGCUAAUUUUAUUGAAAUUCCUGAUUCAACUAUAUAAAAGAAAAAAGACCAUUAUGAAGAAAGACGUGUUGUAGACUGUCCAUAAGUGCCACUUCCAGGAGAUUUUCAAGAGAGCUUCUUUCAGCAUUGAGGUAGUUGGCAUUGACUUAAAGGAAGUUGACUGCACCAAGCAGGCCUAUGCCUUUGUCAGCAAAAUGCACCUCCCUAACAAUGAGAUGCUCCAUGGAAGGGGUUUGCCCCAAACCGGUCUCUUGACUCUCCUGGGUUUGAUCUUCAUGAAGGGCAACUGCGCCAGUGAGGAAGGUAUCUGGGAAUUCCUAAAUAAGAGGAGGAUUUAUGAUGAAAAAAGGCACUUCAUCCAUGGGGAACCUAGGAAACUCAUCACACAGGAUUUUGUGGAUCUAAAGCACCUGGAAGACUGGCAGGGCUCCAACAGUCAUCCUCCUUGCCAGGAAUUCCUGUGGGGCCCCAGAGCCUACUCUGAAACCACCAAGAUGAAAGUCCCGGAGUUUGGGGCCAAGGUCAAGUCCACUGAACCCACGACCUUCCCAUACUGGUAAGAAGAGGCUUUGAAGGAAGAAGAAAUGAAGUAAGAAGCAAAUUCACAGUUAUAA